GGAGUUCGGUCGCUUGAAGCUCUCAUUGAUGAGCAGAUCAAAGUUGAGACCCGUGCCCUGACCAGCCUUCGCAUUGUGACGCGGAUAGAAUUUGGGGCCCUCGCGUGCCUUGAUCUCCUUGGAGCGCGGCGAAAGCUCCGAGUUGAACACCAGACAGAACCCGAACUCCGUCUUCUCCAUUACAAAGUACUCGCAGCAGUCGAAGGGCGAGCUGCGCCACAGGCACGAGUCCGGCACAAUAAUAUCCUCGCAGCUUAGCGUCAGGAAAUAUGCCAACGUUGUGAGGUUAAUGAAGUUCAUUGCCUCGAGAUUGUCGUCCUUCAGCUCUGACAAGCCGGCCGCAUAGCUGCCAAAGCUCAGCGUUUCCAGACGAAUAACCAAAGUGGUGAAGGACGCCACCAGCUCCGAGCUGGCAUUGGCAGGCAGGAAUCGCGCCUUGGCUGCCUUGAGCUGGCUCCAAUUGAUGCGAUUGUGAGGGCAAAUGCCAACGGCUGGAAAUUCAACGAGAAAGACGGGAUACUGCGGAUCUUGGACGACAGUUUGCAGCUUCUGCGACACAAAUCGUUCCGACAGCAUCAGAUAGAAGAACCACGACAGGGCAAUGCUGCCGCAGAGCAGCAAACACCAGAUAAGUCUGCAAAGGGACAGCACAAUUGGUGCAUCAGUGGCCAAUCAAUCCACUUGCCUGCUCAACGCUUAACGCCUGCAGACCUCUCCAGGUUGUGCAGCUGCGGAUCGUAGAGAUAGCGGACACAAUGGAUGGUUGACUUUUCGCAGUAGCUCCGAAAGUAGACGCGCAGCAACUCCAUAAAGCACUUAGCGUCAGCCUUCUGCGGCUCAUCCGAUUUGUCGCCAUUCGCCAUGCCGGGACGCGUGUCGUUGAUUCACUGAGCUGUGGUCCGGCUGCCGGGGAACCCUUUUAUGGAAUGGCUGUGCAAAUUGCUGUGGGAAACUUUUAUCGGACAGGCAUCCAUUACGGUUCACAUCGGCCUGUAAUUGAGUAGUUAUGUUUGCGGCAAAUGAUAAGCCGGAAGUGGAAGAGGUGCGUGUCCGUGUCGUCGCACUCAUUGAUUAGCGGGCUCGCCUCCCAAUUAACCGUGACUUUACCCAGCCCAAGUCCUCAGUCCUUUGGUUGAGCGAAAUGGGUGAAGUUGAGUGGCAGCCUGAUCCGCAACUCGGUAAUGACGGCGAUGAUGAUGAUGUUAAUGAUAGUGGGCCGGGCAAGCAGACUAAGUCCAAGAAAAAGGACAAAAAGAAAAACAGUAAAUGGCUUUCCAUUAGGCGCUGUGCCCGCAUACCACUGAAGGUGAUCUUUGCCAUUGCCACUGUCUAUGUGUGCAUCCUCUCCUCGGAGCGCUACUUUUACUACUGGGUGCAAACGACCAUCGAACGCACCGACGUCCACGUAUCGGAGAUCAGUUUUCCGGCAGUGACCAUCAUUCCCAUGGUUGUCACCAAUCUCAAUAUGUCACAGGAGGCGCAGCGCCGCACCAGAGUCUUCAAUAUGGCGCGGGCCGUUCUCUGGCAAACCCCCGAUGCAGCCCGACUCGAUGAACAUAGCUUCGAAGAGUUUGCCGACUACGCAGAUGUGGAUCCCACCAUGCUGGACUUGGACUCCAUACAUGAUUCAGUGCAGGAUUCUUGCAAGCAUUUCUUUAUGGAGUGCACGUGGCGCCGCAAGCCCAUGAACUGCUGCAGUCUCUUUCGGUCAGUCUCCACCUACAGGGGACUUGCGUAUGUCUUCAACUCGCUGCGCUGCGAAUUGCCGGACGAGACUUGGCCGUGGUCCGUGGCUGCUUCGGGUUCCCUCAGCGGCCUCAAUGUGAAAAUAUAUCGUAAUCAAAAUUUGUUUACUCUAAAUAUGCUGGCGGUGAUUGUGCAUGAGCCCACCCAGCUGCUGGGCCAAAGUAUCGCCUAUUCCUCGGAGGAUCGUAUUGUCGUUCCCGUGGAGCCACUGCGCUUCACAGCCGAGGCGGAUGUGAAGGCUCGUCCCAUCGAAAUGCGCCGCUGUCUGUUUGAGAGUGAGAUUGUGCGGCUGGGCCAGUCACGAUCCGAGUGUAUUUACAAGUGCCAUGUGAAGUACAUCUUGAAAAGAUGCAACUGCACCCUGAAUCUGCCCCGUCCGGUGACUACAAGGGAGGAAAAUACCACAGAGCCGAGCGACCACAAAGCACAAGCGAUUUGUGGCGUAAAGCACUUGGCCUGCUUCAAUAACAACAAACUUUCGCUGUUUGCCAUGAGCAACAUCAUCGAGGAGUCCCGGGCGAACGUCUUCAAUACCAUCGACUGCGGCUGCUACCCCCAAUGCGAUCACACACAGUACCACUCCUCCACCUACACCGAGCGAUUGAGCAGCGUGGAGAACAACAAUUCGGUGAUCGAGAUAGACGUAUACUUUCAGGAGGAGACCCUCUUCUCGUAUCGCUCCAUGCUGCGCUUCACCCUAAUCGAUCUGAUGGUUUCCUUUGGUGGCAUAGCCGGUCUGAUUAUGGGAGUCUCGGUGCUGGGCUGGGUUAAUGCCAUCCUGGAUCGCUUCGCCUGCUGUCGCCUGCCCAACGAUGGCUAGCCACUGCCACUACCACU